UCACCUAUUUACAUUUUCUGCCACUCGCUGUUCUGCCCUCUUUCGCGAAACUGGAACUCUAUUCAUCAGAAAACACGGAAUCUUUCGUCUACGAUGUGGAGGAACUCACUGAGAUUAUCUUCGAGGCUGCUAUUGAAUCCUAAUAGCUAUGUCUCAUCGUCGUUAUCAAAGUCCGCCAUUAACGGCGUCGUUCGAUCGCAGCUGUUAUCUCACUAUUCGUCGUCACCGCCGUCGAACCCUUCCGCGACCGCAACAUCUCCUUCGGAUUCAUUGAAAAUUGGAUUAGGGCUAGGGUUUCUCAAUCAGAAAUCCGAUGGAGCUCGAGGAUUUGUGUCUUCCUCGGGCGCUAUCGGCGAGCUCUCCUCUUUGGCUUCGGCAUAUGUUGAUCUCGCUCGCUACUACGGUCGCUGUUAUUGGGAGCUCUCCAAAGCUCGUCUCAGCUUGCUAGUUGUUGCAACUUCUGGCACAGGAUAUGUUCUCGGGAGUGGCAAUGCUGUUGAUCUAGCCGGGCUUUGUUGGACUUGCGCUGGUACCAUGAUGGUUGCUGCAUCUGCCAACUCGUUAAAUCAGGUGUUUGAAAAAAACAACGAUGCUAGGAUGAAGAGAACAAGGCAAAGACCAUUACCCUCAGGGCGCAUCACUAUUCCUCAUGCUGUUGCUUUUGCAACUUCUGCUGGUUUAGCUGGAACCGCUAUAUUAGCUAGCAAGGCUAAUAUGUUGGCAGCUGGGUUUGCAGCUUCAACCCUUAUUCUUUAUGCAUUUGUGUACACUCCAUUAAAGCAGAUUCAUCCCGUGAACACGUGGGUUGGGGCUAUUGUUGGUGCUAUUCCUCCUCUCCUUGGGUGGGCUGCAGCCUCUGGCCAGGUUUCACUGAAUGCAAUGAUUCUCCCUGCUGCUCUUUACUUUUGGCAAAUACCUCACUUUAUGGCCCUUGCAUAUUUGUGCCGAAGUGAUUAUGCUGCUGGGGGGUUUAGGAUGUUAUCGCUUGCGGAUGCUUCUGGUCACAAAACUGCAUUGGUGGCUUUAAGGAACUGCCUAUAUCUUGUUCCCUUGGGCUUCUUACCCUAUUACUGGGGUUUGACUUCUGGUUGGUUUUCUCUUGAAUCAUCGGCCAUUACCCUAGCCAUCGCCGCUUCAGCAUUUUCAUUCUACCGACACCGGACGACACCAAAUGCAAGAAGGAUGUUCCAUGCUAGCCUUUUGUAUCUUCCCGUAUUUAUGUCUGGGCUCCUGUUUCACCGAAUCUCUGAUAACCAACAAUACCUUACAGAAGACAGUUCAGAUACAAUAUUCGAGCUUUCAUCUUCAGAUCCAACUGUAAGAGAAGAUGAUGGAAAUGUUGGUUGGAAGAACACCAGGCAUUCCGGUGUUGGCACACAGGCUCGUCCUCCUGUGGCUUAUGCCUCCAUUGCACCUUUUCCUUUUCUGCCAGUGCCAUCUUAUUCUGCUUCUUGAUACUUUCACUCUUUAAAAAUUUUGUAUUUGUUCUCUAUACAUGUAUUUAUUUGCAGGCAAACAUGUGGCCUAGAGUUGUAGGGGUAUAAUCUAGAAGUCGAAUGUUCAAUUCCUGAAAAAGAGUCUCACAAAUUACGUGGGGUAAAGUUUGCGUAUAUUUUGUCUAUUUCCAACUCCUGUUCACUGCUGUAGCUUUGUGCACAAAAGUUUACAUUUUUUCUAUAUAAUAAUAAUAGUGGUGUACAUUGAGCGGAAAA